GCCGGAUCUGCUGGUUUGAGCCAAUAUGGGACAGCCGCAGCUCUGUUUCCGUGCAAUCUGGGGCAGGAAAUUGCAAAAGAGAGCUUUGUAUUUUCCUUCUGCCGGUCCAGGGAUGUUCCUCAUUACCAGCCCCGACGGGAAAGAGGAAAAUCAUUUCUGGGGAUGCCCGUCCCCCCCCCCGCCGGCACCACGUCCUGCUCCGCAGCCCAGAGAACUGCAGGCUGUGACCGGAGCAGUAACCUGGGGUACCCCGAGCUCCCAGGUUCGGCUGACUCGGCUCUGCCAAAAAGGUGCCGUGAAGGAGCCGGAAGGGCUCCGCUCCAGGGCUCCGCUCCAGCCCUCCGCCUGUCCGGCCCAGAGCAGCCCCAGCCCGCCCCGCGAGCCCCGCACACCCCCCGGGGUCGGAGCUCUCCCGGCGCCCACCUCCCGGGGGUCUCCGUGCCCGGCCGCUCCCACCUCCCCACCCCCCGCAGUUGGGCCGCGCUGUGUCUCACCGGGCAGCCCCGGCGCAGCGCUGUGCGCCCCGCGGUGCUUCCUCCAGCCGCUGCCAACAGCUCCGCGCCGCCGAUCCCGCCUCCAGCGCAGCGGAACCGCAGCGCUGCGCAAGGCCCGGAGGGAACAGCAGCUGGUCAGCAAACGGCUCCUGCGGGAGGACGAGGCGGAGAACGGGCGGGAUGGAGCGGGGGAUGCGGCGGAGGCGGCCGUGGAACCGGCCCCGCAGGGCGAGGUCUCGGAGCUGCUCCGGGGCGCACAGCGGGGCUGUGAGGAUCGCAGGACGUGGCUGAGGCGGCUCCGCCGGGCGCUGCAGAGCAAAGAGACGCAGCAGCAGUUCGUCAGGUUGGACGGUGCCGUUCGGACGCUGGUCGGGCUGUUCACCUGCAGCCGGCCCGACGUGCAGCUGGAGGCGGCACGCUGCCUGCACGAGCUGUCCCACUCCAGUGAUGCUGCCGUGGCCGAGGCGUGUGUGCCCGUCACCUCCUACCUGCUGACGUACCUCUCGGGACACAGCGUGGAGCUCACGGAGCUGUGUCUGUACACACUGGGCAACCUGGUAGUGGAAAGCAAAGUUGUGAGGAAGAAGCUUCUGCCUCAGGGCAUUAUUCCAGUGCUGGCAUCCUGCAUCCAGUCCCCACAUGAGGCCGUGCUGGAAGGUCUGGGUUAUGUCUUGUCACAGCUCCUCCAGGCCAAGGAAGCCCCCACCGAGAUCAUUCCGUUGGUUCUGGACUCCGUUCUACCCCAGCACAUGCUUCGACUGGUUUGCUCUGGCCUCAAGUUUGGGACAGGAGCCGCAGUAGAGUUUGCAUGGUGCCUCCACUACAUUGUUUGUUGCCAUACACCCAACGUGGAGCUGAUGUCUCUGGGGGCUGUGCCUGCUCUCACCUCACUCCUGUGUGACAUCGCUUCUGAAAUCUCUCAAAGUGAUUCUGAGGGCCUGGAGCUGCUCAUCUGCCCGGUUGUGCGGUGCCUCGGCAAUCUGCUCGCAGAAGAGACAGGCCAUGAAGCCCAGCCCCAAGAUGAGCGCCUGCUCGUGGCCCUCUUCAUCAUCAUGGAGUGCUGCCUGCAGCAGCACCCGUUCAUCGUACCGGAGAGUCUCUGGCUGCUGAACAACCUCACAGCAGAUGAGCCCUUCUUCUGCUCUGCUCUGCUCUCUAUGGACUUGCUCCCAGCCCUGCUGCAGCUCCUGCCACAUUCCCAGACAGUGAGCGUGUUGGUCUUGACAGUGCUGUGCAACAUAGCAGAGAAGGGCCCAGCCUACUGCCAGCAGCUGCACCAGCAAGAUGCCCUUCCUGUGCUGCUGCAUGUUCUCAUGGUACCCAACCCUGAGGUGGUGGGGCAGUGCCUGGAGCUGCUGCACCUCCUCUUCCUGCACUGGCCACAGGUUGCUGUUGACUUUGUCAGACAAGGAGGGCACCAGAUGCUCGAGCAGCACCAGAACACCCCAGAACUCCAGGAGCGGGUGCGAGCACUGCUGGACAUGGCCCUGCAGCCACUGGGUGCCUCUGUGUUUAGUUCUCCAUCUGCUGCAUCAUCCACUUUCUCCCAGAUGACAUAACCUGUCCUCCUGACCUGAGGAAGAAUAAACUGUUCACCCCGUGCCUUGCUCUCCUGCACCACUGCCUGAGGGCUCGUUGGGUGGUCAGAUUAUCUGCAAGCAGCAGUGCUGGCCCUACAGGAAAUGCUGGUCAUGGUGUCCCGGUCAUGGUGUAAGCACUGUCAAGGUGCCCUGUGCCUCCCUGCUAUGUAGGGCAGGGGCAGAGCUGAGCUGCAACCAGUACAGAAAGGUUCCUGUUGCUGCAGAGGAGGUGUACAAACACUGCUGGAUUUACUGCUACAGUUUUAAAACCCAAGAAGCGAUGCUCAGGAGAAGCAUGUACAUUUAUGUGAUUAAGUUAAGGACACACAUCUUACAUUAAACAUUGCAAGUAAAGCA